GAUGAGGAGGGAGCUUCCAUCUUCUCUCUGCUUCUUCAUCCUCUUUUUAAACCAAUUUAGACGUAGACUUGGAUGAGAUUCCGAACCUAAUCCAUGAUUAGCUAAAUGGCGUGAGAAAAGGAAGAGUCUUUAAGAGUUUUGAUGAUAUGGAUAUGCAGAGGAAAGUGUUAUUAUUUUUUUUCUUUUUUGUUAUGUUGCAUUUUUGGUCUCUCACAGUAGGCGUUUUGCUGAUGUCUUUCUCGCGCGUUUGCAUUUGAGAUCUGAGGCUAAAGGCAACAAUUCUGUUUUUAUUUCAUAACGACUAUUAUGCCUACAUGCGAAAGGGUAGCCAAUUGCUGGAGAAUGGAAGCGCAUGACGGAAUUACGACUAUAUUCUGACACUUUUCCCGAUAAGCAUUUGAACUAAAUAGAGUAGGCUACCCAUUAAUUGGAUUUCAACAUUACAUCCACCUACUCAUCAUCCCAAAAUAAUCGCAACUGAUAUCCACACCAUACGAUAUAAAUGUUUUUGUAAUGGUAAAAGAACAAUCGCUGCUAGUGUCAGUGACAUUUAAACAGGAUAUCCUUAGGUAUUCGCUUUCCAGUGAAUACAAUUUAUCAGUGUGAAACUGAGCAACUUCAUCGUUUUCUGUAGGAUGUCGCGCCGCAAGCAAGCUAAACCAAGAUCAUUGAAAGUAGAAGACAAUGUGACAGAGGAGCAGCACAGUCCUGGGCAGAGUGCGAUUCCGAGCGAUCCAGAGUGUUCUCUCGAGAGGGAAUUGGAGGAUGGUGAGGCUGAGGCCGGGUCUAGGCGUUUGAGGAAGAGGCUUCUCUCUCCAGAGGAAGGCAAGGAGGGGGAGGACGACGACGAGGAGGCCGCGCUGCACAGCUGCGACAGCUGCCGGCAGGUGUUCGAGUCGCUGAGCGAUCUCACCGAACACAAGAUUAAUCAAUGCCAGCUGACAGAUGGUGUUGAUCUCGAGGAUGAUCCUUCCUGUUCUUGGCCUGCAUCAUCUCCAUCCAGUAAAGACCAGACUUCCCCCGGCCACGGUGAAGACUAUGAUUUUGGCGAGGAUGAAGGGGGUCCCGGCCUGCCGUACCCGUGCCAGUUCUGCGACAAGUCCUUCAGCCGUCUGAGCUUCCUGAAGCGCCACGAGCAGAGCCACGGUGACAAGCUCCCCUUCAGCUGCACCUUCUGCAGCCGCCUGUUCAAGCACAAGCGCAGCCGCGACCGCCACGUCAAGCUGCACACCGGCGACAAAAAGUACCACUGUGGCGAGUGCGACUCGGCCUUCUCACGCAGCGACCACCUCAAGAUCCAUAUGAAGACCCACGCCUCCAACAAGCCCCACAAGUGCCCUGUGUGCCGCAGGGGCUUUCUCUCCUCCAGCUCCCUCCAUGGACACAUGCAGGUCCACGAGCGGGGCAAAGACGGUGGUGGCGGGGGGCCAGGUAGCGGCCUCUCCAGAGAGGAGUGGAAGCUGAAGGAGACGAGGAAGUGCAGCCGCUGCGAGGAGGGUUUUGAUGUCCCUGAGGAGUUGCAAAGGCACAUCGCUGAGUGCCACCCAGAGUGCUCUCCGUCGGAGGACGGUGGCCUGUGUGGCGCCUUGCAGUGCAUCUAUUGCCACGAGCCAUUCAGCGACGAGGGUGUCCUGCUGACCCACAUUGACCAGGCCCACAGCCGCGACCGCAAAGGUCACAACUGCGCCGUCUGCUCCGAGCACUUCCUCUCUGUGGAGGACCUGUACGCCCACAUGGAUAUCCACCAGCUCCCCGAAUCCAGUAACCACAGCAACAGCCCAUCCCUGCUCACUGUGGGCUACACCUCUGUCUCCAGCACCACCCCAGACUCCAACCUCUCCGUCGACAGCUCCACCAUGGUGGAGACAGCCCCGCCCGUACCCAAGACCCGGGGGAGGAGAAAGAGGGCCGCCCAGCACACCUCACACGACAUUGGGGUCCGUUCGUCCAAGCAGCCCAAGAUUUCCUACAGCUGUAUCUACUGCAACAAGCAGGUGUUCUCUAGCCUUGCCGUGCUUCAGAUACACCUGCGGACCAUGCACCUUGACAAACCUGAGCAGGCACACACCUGUCAGUUCUGCCUAGAGGUGCUUCCCUCCCUGUUCAACCUGAACGAGCACCUGAAGCAGGUGCACAAUGCCGAGGACCAUGCCACCCUGCUGGGCAGCCUGCCUGACACCCUGCUUCAGUGUAAUUUCUGCACCGAGGUUUUAAGUGACCUCAACUCUCUUCAAGAACACAUCCGCUGCUCCCACGGCUUCCCCAGCCCCGUGGCCAAGGAGAGUAACGCCUUCUUCUGUCCCCAGUGUUUCAUGGGAUUCCUGACUGAGGCCACCCUGGAGGAGCACGUCCGUCAGACCCACUGUGACGGGGGCAGCCUGCGUUUCGACUCCCCGCUAGAGGUGACUCCCAAGGAGCCCAUUGUGGAGGUGUACUCCUGCUCCUACUGCACCAACUCGCCCAUCUUCAACAGCGUUCUGAAGCUGAACAAGCACAUCAAAGAAAACCACAAGAACAUUCCUCUGGCGCUGAACUACAUCAACAAUGGAAAGAAGUCUCUGCGGACCCUCAGCCCUUCCUCACCCAUAUCGAUUGAUCAAUCUUUCCUUCAUGGUUCCUCCUCUCGCAGCAAUCGUGGCACUAGCGAGUUCAUCUGCAACCAGUGUGGGGCCAAGUACACCAGCCUGGACCUGUUCCAGACCCACCUGAAGACUCACCUGGAUGGGAUGCAGCCCCAACUCAACUGCCCCCAGUGCAACAAGGACUUCCCCAACCAGGAGUCCCUGCUGAAGCAUGUGACGGUCCACUUUACCAUCACCUCCACUUACUACAUCUGUGAGAGCUGCGACAAGCAGUUCACCUCGGUAGACGACCUGCAAAAACACCUGCUGGACAUGCACACAUUUGUGUUCUUCCGCUGCACCCUCUGCCAGGAAGUGUUUGACUCCAAGGUGUCCACCCAGCUCCACCUGGCUGUCAAGCACAGCAAUGAGAAGAAGGUGUACCGCUGCACCUCCUGCAACUGGGACUUCAGGCACGAGGCCGACCUGCAGCUGCAUGUCAAGCACAGCCACCUGGAGAAUCAGGGCCGGGCCCACCGCUGCAUCUUCUGUGGGGAGUCCUUCGGCACGGAGGUGGAGCUGCAGUGCCACAUCACCACACACAGCAAGAAGUACAACUGCCGCUUCUGCAGCAAGGCCUUCCACGCCAUCGUACUUCUGGAAAAGCACCUGAGGGAAAAGCACUGUGUGUUCGAGGGCAAGGCCCAGAACUGUGGUGCGAAUGGAUCCACCACCGGAGGAGCGGACCACCACCCGGCGGCCAAGGACGACGCAGAGCUACAGGGUCUCCUGUCCAACAGCCAUGGUGCAGGAGCGGCAGGAUCAGGAGGCGUGUUGGAGUCCCCAAACAACCACGAUGGGAGUGAGGAGGAAGUGGACACCGCUGACCCCUUGUUUGGGUGUGACAUCUGCGGGGCGUCAUACACCAUGGACUCACUCCUCACCAACCACCAGCUCCGAGACCACAACAUCCGCCCGGGCGAGAGCGCCAUGGCGAAGAGGAAGUCGGACAUGAUCAAGGGCACCCACAAGUGUAACGUCUGCCAGCGCACCUUCUUUUCAGAGGCAGGUCUGAGGGAACACAUGCAGACCCACCUGGGCCCCGUCAAGCACUACAUGUGUCCCAUCUGCGGAGAGCGUUUCCCCUCGCUGCUCACAUUGACCGAGCACAAGGUCACCCACAGCAAGAGCCUAGACACGGGCAGUUGCCGCAUCUGCAAGAUGCCCCUGCAGAGCGAGGAGGACUUCAUGGAGCACUGCCAGAUGCACCCCGACCUGCGGAACUCCCUGACGGGCUUCCGCUGUGUGGUAUGCAUGCAGACCGUCACCUCCACCCUGGAGCUCAAGAUUCACGGCACCUUCCACAUGCAGAAGACAGGCACCAUGUCCACCAACCACCCCAUUGGCCGCACCACCAAUCUCGCCUCCCACCACCACAACCAGCAUCACCACCAACAACACCACCAGGCCAACCAGAAACUCUUCAAGUGUGCCUCGUGCCUGAAGGAGUUCCGCUCCAAAUCUGACCUGGUGAAGCUGGACAUCAACGGGCUGCCUUACGGGCUGUGUGCCGCAUGUGUCAGCGCCGCCGGCUCAAAGAGCUCCAGCCCCACGGUGAUGAAUGGAGGCAGGCAGCAGCAGCAGGGAGGGGGAGGAGCCACGACCCCAGCCAUGCCUGUAACAGCAUGGACCGCUCAGACGGAGAGACUCAGCCCCAGAGAGGGGAAAGGCAAGCCGCCCCAUUCAUCGUCAUCACCCUCCUCCUCUAUUUCCUCGACUGCCACCAAGACACGGUGCACCAGCUGCAACGUGAAGUUUGAGUCGGAGGCUGAGCUGCAGAACCACGUCCAGACGGUGCACAGGGAGCAGGGAGGGGACAGCAACAGCGGGCAGCUCAGGACCCCACAAGUCUCCCCCAUGCCCAGGGCCAGCCCCUCACAGACUGAGGAGAAGACCUACCAGUGCAUCAAGUGUCAGAUGGUCUUCUACAGCGAAUGGGACAUCCAGGUCCACGUGGCCAAUCACAUGCUAGAAGAGGGCCUGAACCAUGAGUGUAAGCUCUGCAGUCAGUCAUUCGACUCGCCAGCCAAACUCCAAUGCCACCUGAUCGAGCACAGCUUCGAGGGCAUGGGCGGCACCUUCAAGUGUCCAGUCUGCUUCACAGUAUUUGUCCAGGCCAGUAAGCUCCAGCAGCACAUAUUCUCAGCCCAUGGCCAGGAGGAUAAGAUAUACGACUGCUCCCAGUGCCCACAGAAGUUCUUCUUCCAGACAGAGCUACAGAACCACAUGUUGACUCAGCACAGCAGUUAACCAGGCAGAUUAUCAGUGGACCUGAGGAGGAGAGGAGAACCAUAUGGCGAGGAGGAGAAUCAUGUCUGACCCGGUCGGUCCUCCAGCCACCUUCAGUGCAAUAUCCCACUGGCUCUUUUGCACUGAACUUUGGAUUCAGUUCACAUCGGGAAGGAACAUGUCACACACACAAAAAGAAAAAAGACGGAUGAAAGACAGAGGGGUGAAAAAAGGACAGAAAAACUUAGCUCUGGUCUUUGACUGGUUGUUAUUUCAACAAAACUGGCCAACUAUCUUUGUAUAUAGAAAUUGUUCAUGUGUUGCUUAAUAACUUCAGCUAUAUUGCAGUCUUAUACAGUAUUUGCCAUUGUACAGUUCUGAACCGUUUGUCCCCAAAAAAAGAACUAGAAAAAAAUGACAAUGCCACUGUCAGUCAGAAAAGGUGGAAUUCAUCAACAAUGUGUUGGUGAAACAGGGUGCCAAUGUAGGGUAUUAUUAUGUAGGGAACAGGAAGUUGUGGUAUGGUCAGUCAGGACCCUUUUCAUCAGUGCCCAUUUCCUGUAUGUGGACACUAUCCUGACCUGGUCACUCGUUACUGAAGCGGGUAGCGGGGUGCUUGAUCACCAAACCUGACAUUGUGACAUCACGGGUCUCAUUCCAACAUGGCUGUCCUUCUAGAAGACCAGCUGAGGACUGAAUGGUGCAUUUAAUCUGGUCCUCCUGCCUGUGCAAGUUUGAAUGAAAGGAAGAGAAAAAAAGAAGGAAAAACAGGAUAGGGUUCUGAUAUAUGCAAAAGCAGUGACACAGAUUUGGAAAGGCCAGCUAGCUCCUCUGGUUGGCACGGGAACAGAGGCAUCGUGAACCCCCUGUGUCUCCUAGAGCAUUAUGGGGGGGGGGGGAUCUCCAGCCCACUGAUUUAAACCUGUACAAUUCUGUUAUUAAUGUUUACUGCUCGUUCAAGCCUGGAGAUUACUGGAAUUUUUUUCUUCUCGUUUUUGUUAGCUCUUUGUAUUUUAGAUUUUUUUUUGCAAUGGGGAAGACAUCCAUUUUGAUUUGGGGUUGUUGUGGAAACUAUACAUGUAUUACGUCUCUCUGUAGGGAUGUGCUUGUGAAACUUAUGUCCUGGGCUCUCCUGAAGAGUUCCCAACUUAUCCCCUUCCUUCCUCGUUUCCUGCGGUGUCCCAUUGCUCUGCUCUCUGCUCAAGCUGGAAGCCGUUGUGGCGUUAUUAUACACCAAUAUAAAUCAAUCUGUUACAUAUGUAGGAUCUUAAUUUGACCAGUUUUACAGCAGGAAAAUCAUUCUGCAGCAACAGGAAAUGUGAAUUGUUGUUAGGAUUAUAAUUCUUUACCAUUUUUGUAGCAGUUGAUACAUUUUUUGGUUAGGAAAAAUCAAAUCAAAAUCAAGUCAAAUCAAGACAAACUUUAGAAGCCUUUUUAAACCCCGAGUACAUUACAAGAUUUCAUUUCCUGAUAUGCAGGACAUUUCCUGCAACAACAAGGUGAUUAAAUUAAGAUCCCACAUCUGUAAAUGUUUUUGCAUUCAUUGAACCUGAGAUGCACUUUUGUAUGAAACUUUAAUGUUUUGACCUUUUGAUUGAGAAUUGUUCAUACUCAGUUUACAGGAAACUAACCACCAUCUCCUGCUGCAGCAAAAGGACAGUUCUCUUCUCUGAUGUUAUUCAAAUGUUAUUGUACAAAUAUGGAGUUCUGUAUUUGGCAGACCUCAUUUUUGUGUUGCACAUGUGAUAAAAUAUUAAACAUGUAUGAGAAAAUGGC